AUGUCGAGUCGCGCCGGUGCGUCGCUACUGAGCGCGCCACCACGGGCGCUCGCCUCGCGGCGCGACCCGCCGUCGAGGCGUCCGAUCCGCGGCGCCCUCGUGGCGCGCAGAACUAACAAAAACCUACACGCGGCGAGGAUGGGGGCGCCGUUCCCGUUCCACGUGAGCGCCAGCGCCGCGAGCAAGUCGCCGGGCAUGCCGCGCCCCCCCAAGGUCGUGGACCGCCCUCCGCCCCCCCGCGCGCAGAAAGGCGGCGGCGCGGCGCAGACGGCGCACGCGCACCCGCUUCCCCCGCAGGCGCUCGGCAACCUGGGCGCCGUGGGCGAGGGCGAGGGCAGCGCGCAUCAAAUCGCCGCGCUCACCAUCUGGCUGCGUCAGCACGGCGUCGACUUCACCGACAGGGCGCAGUUCGUGCGCGUGCGGGGAAUGGGCAUCGGCGGGAUAAGCACCCGAGCGUUCGACGAGGGCGACGUGAUAUUCUCCCUGCCCCUCGCCGCGCCGAAGCGCGAGCUGAACCGGUUCGGGGACCGCGUCGAGGCCACGGACGCGGAGGGCGCGAAACAGGGUGCAGGAGGCGGGGAUUCCAUCCCGGGUGGAGUCGAGCCGACGUCGCUGUCGCCCCUCGUCCUGACGACGUCGGCGGUCACCGCGCACAGCGGUCCGCUCGGCAGACUCGGCCGCGCGCUGUCCGCGGCGGGGCUCACGUCCGUGCGACCCGACGGCCGACGCGUGCCCUCGACGCUCCUGGGCGGAGUCAUCGAAUCGACGCACGAUUUUCCCCUCGACGCGUCAAAGACGACUCUGCUGGCGCUCGGGAUCAUGCACCAGUGCUGCCUCGCCGCGGGAUCCGCCCCGCACGACGCGCACUGGAAGGCGUACGUCGACUUGCUCCCUCGGGAGGUGGACUCGCUCAUCGAGUGGUCCGAGAACGAGCUGGACGCGCUUCAGGGGAGCCGGCUUGCGGAUCGCGCUCGCGAGCGGAUCGCGCUGGCGGAUUCCGUGUACGACGAGGUGUUCCCGCGGCUGAACGACGCGGACCCGACGCUUUGGAUGUCCGGUAAGCUCGGGAGCGCAGUCGCGGGCGGGACCGGGAUCGACGUCACCGCCGCGGCGCGUAAGAAGGGCGAACGCGCGCGAGAUAAGUACACGAGUAAAGAGGCGUUUCGCUGGGCGUGGGCCACGGUGCUGGCGAGGGCCUUCUCGCUUCCCGACGUCGGCGAGGAUGGCGAGAUGGGGCUGUGCCCGGGGUUGGACCUGUUCAACCACGGUUCCGAGGCGGAGAAGUGCGAGGUUCGCGGCGUGCUCGGGGCGUCGCUCGAGCUCGACGAGGACGAUCCGCAGGUUGGACCGAGGAUCGUGCUGAGAGCCGGCGUCGGCGGCGCCGAGAGCGGCGAGCAGCUCUUCCACGACUACGCCGACAGGGCCUCGGGCGGUUCGUUGCUCGAGUUUGGGUUCACCCACAGAGUCCGCAGCUGCACCAAGCCCAUCGACGGUAAGAACAACAUCGUCGAGAGGCACCACGAUGACGAGGGGGUCUUCGACGGCCUCGACGAGAAUUGGGCCCUGGGCGCACAGCUGACGAAUGACGCCGGCGACGAGGACGAGGAGGACUUCGAGGAGUGCUCCCUGACGGAGGAAUCGGACCACCUUCGGAGGGCGUUGCACGCGCUGGACGUGAGCCUCAAGCCCCUGAUGGCCACCUGCGACCAGGACACCGUCGCCGCGAGGCUCGAGGCGCUCGCGGACGCCGGCUUGUGCGGCGGGCUCACCUGGGAGGUGUCCAACGUGGAUCCGAAAUACCCCGCCGGCGAGAGGCGACUGAAGGGGAUCGAGUGCGUCCCGGACGCCAUGAUCCGUGCCGCGAGGGUACUUUCGCUGACCAACGAGGAGCUCGAGCGCGUGCGCGAUGCCAACGCCGAAAGCGAUGACGACAAGUGGACGGCUCGCGAAGCCUUGAGUCUGGAGCACGAGCGAAGGUCGUUUGACGCUCUCGCCACGAUCUUCCGCGGCAAACUCGUCCGAUACGCGGCGCCGCGCGGCGAGUGCCGGCCCACCACCGUCGUCAAGGACGCCGCCAUCGCCGACUGCAUCCGGCUGCUGGCCAACGGCGACGGGGGGUACGUGCUCGCGGCGCCGGAGAUGGCGUGGGCCAGAACGCGAGCGGAGGUGGCCGGGUGCGUCGCCGCGAACGUCCGCGACGAGGACGGCGGUAAGACGGCGCAGGACCAGGACGAGGAGGUCGCGAGGGCGGCGAGGUGGCGGAGGCGGACGCUCAUGGCGGUCGAGGUGAGACGGGGGGAGAAGCUGCUCCUGGGUGAGAUCGCCGGCGAGUUCGAGAGGCUCGCGAGUUUGUGA